AUGGCCGGGGACGAAGCUUCACCAAGUCGACCCUCUUCAUCCGCUUCUUCGGAGCUACCGUCGUUGGACGAUCUGAUACGAGAACAAGUCAUAUUUAGUCAGAUCAAGAAGCAGCAGCAACAGCAACGGCAACCCAAUGGCGGUGAUGACUGCAUCAACCGACCCACCAGAGAGAGCAGUAGCAGCGGCAGCGACGUCAUAAUCAUCAGCGAAAGCGACUUUGCCAACAACAACAACAACAACUUUGCCAGCAGCAGUAGCAGCAGCAACAGCAUGGAUAGCAGCAGUAGAAGAAGCAGUUCCAUGACUGGCCAAAGCAUGAGUGGAAGUGUCAGCAACGACAUCAAUAGCAGCAGCAGCAAUAGCGGCGAUACGAUGGACAUGGACAUGGACAUGAGCGUCAACACCGACCAAGACGAUGGUGAUAGCAACACCGACGACAACUCCCCCAUCCCGCCCCUCACCAGCAUCUCCGCCGCCGUCUUCGUCCCCAUCCCAGACUCCAACAAGCUCCUCCAGCCCCUCAACCUCGACGCCAACUCCCCAGCCUACCACCGCGCCGCCCUCGACCUCGUCACCAGCCACGAGUCCUCCGUGCGCAACAACCUCAACGCGCUCUUCCACCGCGAAAUGUUCCGCGUCCGCGCCGACAUCGCCGCCGAGGUUGAAAAGAACAACAUGCCGCCCUUUGACUACGCCGCCGCCCGCGCUCACGUGCGCGCCCGCGACGAGGACCUUUUGCGCCGCGACUGCGACGCCAUGAUUGCAAACAUGCGCGCCCCGGAUGUGUCCAAUCUCAAGUACGGCGUGACAAACAUCCCCGUGCCCAACAUGAGCGUGGCCGUGACGUAUGCGCCCGUCGGGUCACCGCGCGAAUUCGCCGCGGCGGAGGUCAUGAAGGUGAUUGCCGCGGCGGCGGGCGACUUGGUUGGUUUUGAUAGACAUGUGCGCAGCAGAAGAACAGCCAUCAAGAAGCAGAUUCAGGAUGCGGAGGCGGGGGCGGGGGCGGGGGCGGGAGCAGAGGCAGGGGCAGGGAGGAUGGACAUCGACUAG